AAAAGGACGGAGUGACAGCCAAAUUAACCAAUCACCUCCGGUCCAGGAGUGACGAGCAGCCUGACCAAUGGGAGCAGCGCUUGGGCCAGCGGGGGCGGGCCCUCUGCAAAAGGACUCCAAGGUGGCGGUGGGGAAGACGCAGGCCGUUGGGGCGGCUCGGAGGCAGGUGACUAUGAAAGGCUUAUAUUUUCAAAAGAGUUCUACAAAUGAAGAAAUAACAUUUGUAUUUCAAGAAAGGGAAAAUCUUCCUGUUACAGAGGAUUACUAUGUGAAAGUUCAAGUUAAAGCUUGUGCUCUGAGCCAGAUAAAUACAAAGCUUCUGGCAGAAAUGAAGAUGGAGAAAGAUUUCUUUCCUGUUGGGAGAGAAAUUGCUGGAAUUGUGUUAGAUGUUGGAAGCAAGGUAUCAUUCUUUCAACCAGAUGAUGAAGUCGUCGGAAUUCUGCCCCUGGAUUCUGAAGACCCUGGACUUUGUGAAGUUGUUAGAGUGCACGAGCAUUACUUGGUUCACAAACCAGAAAAAGUUACAUGGACCGAAGCCGCUGGAACCAUUCGGGAUGGAGUACGAGCCUAUACAGCUCUGCAUUAUCUUUCUCAUCUCUCUCCUGGAAAAUCAGUCCUGAUCAUGGAUGGAGCAAGUGCACUUGGUAUGACAGCUAUUCAGUUAGCACACCACAGAGGAGCCAAAGUGAUUUCAACAGCAGGUAGCCUCGAAGACAAGCAAUGCCUCGAAAGACUUAGGCCUUCUAUAGCCCGAGUCAUCGAUGUAUCUAAUGGGAAAGCCCAUGUUGCUGAAAGCUGUUUAGAAGAAACAGGAGGCCUGGGAGUAGAUAUUGUCCUAGAUGCUGGAGUGAGAUUAUAUAGUAAAGAUGACGAACCAGCUGUAAAAUUACAACUACUACCACAUAAACAUGACAUCAUCACACUUCUUGGUGUUGGAGGCCAUUGGGUAACAACAGAAGAAAACCUGCAGUUGGAUCCUCCAGAUAGCCAUUGCCUUUUCCUCAAGGGAGCAACAGUGGCUUUCCUUAAUGACGAAGUUUGGAAUUUGUCAAAUGUGCAACAAGGAAAAUAUCUUUGUAUCUUAAAAGAUGUGAUGGAGAAGUUAUCAAGUGGAGUCUUUAGGCCUCAGUUGGAUGAACCCAUUCCACUGUAUGAGGCGAAAGUUUCAAUGGAAGUUGUUCAGAAAAAUCAAGGAAGAAAAAAGCAAGUUGUUCAAUUUUAAUUUUGUUCUUUCUCAGACCUCAGUUGGAUAAACCCCUUCCAGUACUUGAAGCCAGAGUUUCCUUGGGAAUUGUUCAGAAAAGUCAAGGAAGAUAAAAGCAAAUUGUUCAGUUUUCCUGCUGAGUCAAGACGCUCAAAGUUAUUUAAAGUUUUUGAAAAGUAUUUGAAAAAUUAUUGUACAAAUGGUCAAGAAAAUCCCGUAAUUAACAUCUAAAGGGAAUAUUCUGGAAUUCUUUUUGGCUUGUUUCUAUACAUUUGCCUGUUAUAAAAUUCUUUCCAUGAAGAAAAUUGCUUUCAGGAAAAGCCAUGCUACUCUAUCGAUAAAGUUGUUGGUCUUUUGGUAUGUCAAAAUAACGUUAUUACUUUUGUAUCUACUCCGUUCUCAA